UUUCAGUGCUGCACUCUCAUUCGUGACGAAAGGAUGUACGCCCGGUUGUAGUCGAAUGAAUCCGUGUACAUCAUCGCCCCCACAGAUGCCACGUGGCUCUGGAUCCGUGGAAAACUGCAACCUGGAAUCUGACGGCCUGCAACUGCUCGAGAUGGCUGGAAAGGAGGACUACGAGGAGCUGCGCGACCUUCUGCAGUCGUGGGAUGUCGCCGAUCUGCUUCCUCACCUGCAAGAUGAAGCCAUUAACGUGGACGAGCUGCAGAUGAUCAAACGUCAUCAUCUGUCCGAGUUGCUGCGAAACUUUCGCUUUGGAACCCGCAUUCGCUUCGAGCAUCACUUGGAGCGCUGGCGCCGCUGGCUGAACGUACCGCUCCAAGGCGCCCAGGGCCAGGGGUCGAGCCACUGCUCCGGCUGUCGCUGUCCGGAGAUUCUGGGCCAAUCGCAAUGUCAGGAGCAAUCGCCGUUGCACAUGGAACAGCCGUCAGAGCAGGAAGAAUUGCACAAGCCUGAAGAUCUGGUCAAGACAAUACCAGCAGAAUCGCUGGUGGCCCUCAGUGAUCCCAGGGAAAUGUCAGUUCCCUUUCCAUUGCCUUUGGUCCAUCCGCCUGCGCAGAUAACCGACGACAUAAUGAUGGUCAAACAGGAGCUGAUGCCGAUGCAGCAAACUAGGAAGCCUGAAGCUGUAUUGGCGGCUGGGUCUUCAGGAGGAACCUCAGGCAACAAGGAGGAUGCAACUGCCACUCCUGACCAAGAAGUUAGCAUUUUGGGCAUUCUGCGAUCCUCGGGUAUGAAAGCCCAGAGCUUGCUGGAGCGUAUUGGCCAGAACGAUCCGCUGGACGCCGUGCAGCGCCUUUUGCUCAUCCAACUAGUGUGCAGCUACUACGAGGAGAACCAGAUGCACCUGACCCUGCAGAGGAGUCACUUGCUGGAACGCGAGAUACUGCAGCUUUUCCCGCAGGAACAGCUCAGCUAUUACCGCACCGAGCGAAGGGGUAAGAUCUACGUGAGAUUCACCAACAUGAAGCGAAGCAAGAGGCUCAGUUCGUCGCGCCAGGAACUCAAACGACGCCGUUCCGAGCUGAUAAGAUCGAUUCCCACGGUUCAAGGACACGAUGCUAGUGCUAGUGUGAACUUCGCCGGCGACCAAAUCUCCAGUCCCGAUCGCUCCGAUUGAUCUGGCUUGUUAUGCAGUUGGCAGCUCAAUCCAAAGCCUAAAUGCAAUGCUUAACUUAAGUUCAACUAGCUACUCGAUGUGUAAUUUCUUGACUUUAUAUCUAUGAAUCGACCAUUUAUAGGGUAUUUUGCGGGUCGACGCGAUCCGCCGACUGACGAAACUAAAUCGAAACUCAAUUUUGGUUACAUGGCCUGUUUUUCUUGUCUUGAAGGAGGGUUCUGUUCCGUUCAGCUGUAGCUGGAAAAAAGUGAUUACAUCAGCGGCGAAAAUAGCUGAGCGACGGCGUGUUAACAAUCGGCAAACACGGCAAGCGCGGCCAGCGAUUUGCUGACUAACUGCUAAGUACGUCCAAAAUGUGUUUUGCACUGCGCAAAAAUGUGGCUGGUUUUUGGACAAUAUAUUUGAUGCAUCACAUGUACUGCUGAUGAAAUGGUGGUUAUUAAUCAAAUCGAAAAUACUUUAUGUCUAGAAAGGUAGCGAUUUAAUGCUAAGGGCUAUAAAACUAAGAACUAAGGAGAAAAUGUCUUAAAUGUUUCUUACUCAAGCAAUUAGAAUCCUGAUAGCCUGCGGGCCAAGAUAUUGCACACAUUUGUUAGAGAUACGUUUCAGUAUUAGCUGGUUUCUUCUUUUUCAUUUUCUGUUUGCUGAAGAUACACGAAUGGCAAUGGGGCGUUUCGCUCGAAACUAAUUAAUUAAGUUGCUCGCUUAGUGCUGCGCUUUCAGUGUUUUUGUUUUUUAGUCAGACUUUCUGGUCUUUUCGACUCUCCAGUUUCGCCGCACAUGUUCGCUGCUAAUUGCCUUUAUCAGUGUCGCGCCGGAGAGCAAACAAAACUAUCUGCAGGUCCCACCAGAUAGCGUGUAAUUGCCUUUUGGGGCUCCGUUUAACAUUUUAGCCACCACCUACAUGGGGGUGGCGAUUUUUUGCAUUCUCGCCUUCUACAUUUUCAGCAUUGUUCGAUUCCGCCAGCCAGCGCAUUCCAAUAGAUCUCUCGGUAACCCCUUAAUCUCCUCCUUACUUUUUUUCUGUGUUUCCAAUUGUUCUGUGCAUGUAUCUGAUGGAUACGCCGCAGUAAAUAGGUCGCCAGCCACAUGGCUACAAAAGUGGAUGGCGACAGGGCGACAAACUAUUUCAAUUGUGGUCGGAGCGUAUCUGAGAGCUUUGCUAGCGGCAAAAGCUCCUAUGUAGUUCGUAUCUGCAAGAUACUUUUUUACAUUUUCCUGCUUUAAUUACACAAAUUCUGGUUUAUUACAAACGAUCGGGGUUCUUGUACAUACAUACAUAUGUGCACACAUCGCAGUGACUUUCGCCGCCUCUUCUGCUCGUACCACUCUUUUUUCUUCUUCUUCUUGUUUUUUCCCCCCACUUUUUCUAUGGCAUCCAAAUAGCUGGACAGGCAACUCACACAGAUACACUCUUUCGAGUGGGGAAAGUAGGUCAAUUACACGUGUCGUAUGUGUAUGUACAUCUGUAUGUUGUAUUUCGUAUUUCGUAUUUGUGUUUUGUAUCUGCGGCAUUCGUUUGUACAUAGGGGUUUUUAUGCUUGGCCAGCAUAAUCAAACAUGAGCUUUGUUGUCGCUUCUUCGUGGCCCGUUAAAAAGUCUACUACUUGCCGCCCAGUUCUCCAUUCUCCAUUAUCUCCAUUCUCCAUUCUGCAUGCUCCGCUCAUUGUUUCCUCUUUCUUGGCCCCACAUUUGGUUUCUUUUCUAGGCCAAAACGCUGCAAUGGGCGUUCUUCUUGUUUAUCUUUCAGUGGAGUUUUAUGGACGGAACUCGGACCGAAGAUAAACCCGCUAGAUGAGAAAUUGGGGCCACUUCUAUGUGGUUCGUUCUCUGUUAAACAGAGAUUGUGAAAUAGUUUUUCAGUCUCUAAGAUAGCUUAAAAUUAUAGACCUAAGCUAGGGAAAUGGAAUAACGCGUAAUUUGUACAUAGUAAAUAGUUUUUUUUUCGACCAAAAGAGGUCACUGAUUAGAUAUUGUGGUAUAUACUCGUAUGCAUGUACAUAUCAGUAACAGAACUAGUACUAGUACAAGUACUAGUUAAUAAGUCGAUAGUUUUAUUCUUAGGUCCGUUUUAGUAAAAAUAGUCCUCUCAGUUAGCCAACCGUUGGAAUGUAUGUGUUUUCCCGAGUGGAAAGGAAAGGACGUUGAAAGGACAAGGAAACCAUUGGAAUCUGCGGGGGUGGCUACACAUUACAUACGUACAUACAUACACACUGCGAAUGCCGCAAUUCGGUGGGUGGUUGGGUUGGUUUGAGUUGGGUGGGUGAUAUAAAAAAAAGCGCCCAACUACUUUAUGCCCGCAAAUUGGGUCAAUCGAUAAAAGAGGCAGCGACGGUGGCGUCGACUGCGGCACAUGCGCCAAAAACGGGGCGGGGGAUGGGUGGGUGGGUGUGGCACCCAAGGAGCUUUUCCACCGCUUUUCCUUUUUCCGAGAGCCUGUUGUUGGUAAUCCAAUUGUAGGUGGGCCAGAAGCGUGCUAAAUAUAUGGGGCCAUGUAAUGUAUACAUUACACAUAGGAGUCAUGUGCCUUAUGUACGUUGUAUAUAUGUAUGUAUGUGUAUAUAGAGUACCCUUCCUGCGUUACAUGGCUCCAGCAAUAUGGAUUACAUCACACGAGGUUCUGCAGCCCGUUCUGGCUAUGUGUGUGUGUGUUUGUGUGUAUGUGCGACUUUUAAUAUUUUAUAGGGCAGCUGUCACUGCUCCACUUGCCACCCAACGCAAACCCCCGGAACCCCCGAAAGACGGAACACAAAAACCAACCGUCACACCCACUAACUGCGGACUGGGAAAGCGAAGUUUGGGGCAUGUUGUCGUUGCAAGCUGAUAAAAUAUAAGUAAAGGAGCCGUAAUGAAUGUUUCUCUUCCAGGGCUGAUUAAAUUUUUGCCAGCAAUUCUAAAUAUCUUAUCCCACAGGAAUGUUAAACAUUGCGGUGCAGGCAAAAGUUUGAGUGGAACUCGAAACUUUAGGCUGAGCGGUACAAAAUUGAUUUUCUAAGUGCUUUGGGCCAUUUUGUUUCAAAAGUGGCAGGAGAAUCGUGUACUUCUUUGUAGUUUUCUUUGCACAAUGCGAUUUUGUCGUGUUUGCUUAUGAAUACUUAUUGUAUGCUAAAAUUUAAUUUUUUACAAUUUUUUUCAAGAAAGAAAUGGCAUGCUAAAACAGCCGAAUAUAAUAAGCUUGUUUAAAAUAAAACUAAAAUAAGAGCUUGCAAAAAACCAAAAAUAUUUAAGUUGCCUAAUUAUAUACGUAUGCCUUUCAGCAACUAUGCUUUGUGGUCUAAUAAAUACAAAUAGAACAAUAAAUAUAAAUUAAGAAAAAAAAUAUUUUAAAAAAUAAAUAAUUGACCAACAUCUGG